AUGUUUUGGCUUGCAAUUCUUUCCGUCAUCUUUGGUCGAUUGCUUAUGACGAAUUCGUCUUUGGUUUGUCGUUCGCCUAUACUAAACCAGUCUUGUUUCUCUUUGGAGUCACUUAAUACAACGCACUACGAAUCGAAUUUAAAUUCAAGUGGUGUAUGUACUACUGAAUUAAUCUUCGACUACAAUCCAGAUUGUGUAAAAGUUCAGUUUGGUGACGAGCGGAGUGAUUAUGCAAACAAAUCGAAAGAUAAGAUUACGAUUCACCACAUGGUAGACAUUCGGAUUUAUCCGGCUUCCACUGAAAUCAAACGUAAUAUCACACUGUACUGUCCUAGAAAUGAUUCGUGUUCAGAAGAUGCCAAAAACAUCUAUGAAGCAAGCAUGAAGUUAAAUCGGACAAAACUUUUACAAGAGCUUGGAAAUGAAUUGUUAAGUGCUUCUGAUGAUAAUAGUCAUCUGACUUGUUCUAAUAACAACGAUCAAGAAAUUUUUUGCUCGCUCGGUUGUUGCUCAGUGCAAAGUGAUGGCAAAUCUGGAUUUAUUCAUUCGUGUGAACGAACUUCUUGUAAUAGAACCGUAAAAGUUGCUAUAAGGGCUCAAGCGAUAUGUCCGGGUGACGACAGUGAAGCAACUUUUUCUUACACGUGUGACAAACCAAUGUGUAAUAAUAAAUUUACUGCCAAUAAACUUCGUCGUUUAUUGAAAGACGCCUCAUUGCUCACACAAACAGGCACUUCGUAUGUUCUGUGCAGCUCUGCAGCGUCUGCUCUGAGCCAAAUUUCAAUCAUCAUCAAAUAUCUCUCAAUAGUGAUUGCUAUCAUUUUGUUCAAUUAUUAA